GAAAGAAACAAGUUGCUCGUUUCGCUCGAAACACCUUUGGCAACAUUGCUAUAAACAUAAACAAUUUAUAGAAAAUUGGCUGCGACAAUUUACAUAAACACCUACACACUCACCUACAUGUUACACUUACAUGUGAAGUGAAUCUAAUAACGUUUCAGCAAAAAUAAUUGCGAGUAUUUACGCGUUUGAGCUAAUAAAAGUAAUUAAAUUGGAGAGUUUUGGAAAAUUUUCAAAAUCGCGCGCUAAAAACGUGUUAUCACUUGUUUUUAAUAUGCAAUUCGGUGCACGUACUUCAGCUGGGCCCCAAUUACAACUAUUUACAUAUGUAAAUUAAUUGUUAAGUUUAAUCAAUUUAACCUUUUGUAAAACAACAACAGACACACGUGUAGAAUUAUCGAUUGCUGCUGCACAUCAAAAGUGUUCAUAACAUUUUGUGUUUGUGUGCAUGAGUGCGCGUCCAUGUGUGUGUGCUUUUGAUCCUUGUGCGCAGCUUGAACACAGCUUCUAAUCGGAGAAAAACUCGGUUUUUCAUUUUAUACAUAUUUUUUGUAAAACUUCAUAGUUGCUUAAGUUACAAAAAAAAAAAAAAAAAAAUACGCACACACAAAAUGACGCGGCCAAAAGAGGACUCAAAAUUUAAAGCAUUCCUGCGGGAGAACUCGCUGACGAUGCUCACUGUGACUGGUGUGUUUCUGGGCGGUUUGAUUGGUUUCAUCAUUAAAAACAGCACAGGCGAGUGGACGAAGCGUGAGAUUAUGUACAUAUCCUUCCCCGGAGAACUCUUCUUACGCAUGCUGAAAUGUCUGAUUGUGCCACUAUUGGUUUCAUCCAUAACGAGCGCCAUCGGCGGGCUCGAUCUCAGUAUGUCGGGGAAGAUUGCCAUACGAGCCAAUGCUUAUUAUUUCGUCACAACCAUUUCGGCGGUGGUUUUGGGUAUUUGCCUAGUCACAACAAUACGACCCGGCCAGGGUGCAAAGAUCGUUGAAGUACGCACCGAAUCCGUAGAUAAAGCAUCUAAAGUGCUAACGCCCGAUACGCUUAUGGAUUUAGUGAGAAAUAUGUUUACGGAUAACAUCAUUCAAUCAACAAUGUUUCAGUAUCGCACGGAGAUCUUCGAAAACACGAGUUUAAGUCAACCCGUUCCCAUGGAAGAGUGGGACUUCAAGUCGGCGCAACGCGAAGGCUCCAACGUGCUUGGCUUGGUUAUGUUUAGCGUCAUUUUGGGAACUACAAUCGGACGCAUGCGAGAGAAGGGCCAACUGUUACAAGAUUUUUUUACCGCACUUAGCGAAGCCAUGAUGACGAUAACGUCCUGGGUCAUUUGGAUUUCACCACUCGGUGUAGGUUUUUUGAUAGCUGCCAAAAUUAUUGAAAUGGACUCCAUUGCUGCAACGAUACAGUCUUUGGGUUGGUACUUUAUAACAGUAAUGCUGGGUCUCUUCCUGCACGGCUUCGGUACCAUAGCUGUGAUAUUCUUUUUGGCUACGGGUACGCUACCUUAUCGCUACAUUGCUAAAUUGAGUCAAGUCUUAGCCACUGCCUUCGGUACCGGCUCCAGUUCGGCAACCAUGCCACUUACAAUCAAAUGUCUCGACGGCAUUGGCAUUGAUCCGCGUGUAACACGUUUCGUCAUUCCCGUUGGCGCUACCAUCAACAUGGACGGCACAGCUUUGUAUGAGGCGGUGGCAGCGCUUUUUAUUGCCCAGUAUCGUGAGAUGAGCUAUUCCUUUGGCAAUAUUGUUGCGGUCAGUAUUACGGCUACGGCUGCGUCGAUAGGUGCAGCUGGUAUACCACAGGCAGGUCUUGUGACUAUGGUGAUGGUAUUGGAUACGGUGGGAUUGGAACCGAAGGAUGUCUCACUGAUCAUCGCUGUCGAUUGGUUGCUAGAUCGCUUCCGUACCACCAUCAAUGUUAUGUGUGAUGCAUUGGGCACCAUACUGGUCAAUCAUCUGUCGAGAAAAGAUUUGCAAAGCGUUGAUCGGUUGAAUGCCGAACCCCAUGAGCUCCUCGAACUCGGUGCAAAUGGACAUGAAACGAAAGAAUGAAGACGAACCCUGCCUACCCCUCCCCGCAUAAAACCGAAGCCUAAACAGGCACACGACACACACCGUUGAAUGUUGCUGCAAAAUGCGAGCCAUUUUGGCGUGUGAUUGUAACGGUGUGUGUGUGUGUGUGUGUAUGUGCAAAGCAAUGAUGUGACGCUGCUGUACAUAUAGCCAACGGAGCUUCUGCCUGUCUCAACACAAAUUCUAAACAUUUGUGCUUCCAAAGUACAAGUACACCGAAUUUAUUUAUAUGUAUGAAAAUAUACGAUUUUUUUAAACCACAAAAGGAGGAACAUGCAAGCAUGUUUGAAUUGAGCUAGGAAAAGUCACAAGGUAUGCAAAUAUUGGAUAUUUUACAUAAGUAGGAUUUGUAAAUAAAAAGCGAUUAAAAGUGUUUUUUUUUAUUUGUCUAAAAAGUAUAUACAAGUUAUUGAACGAAAAAAUUAUUUAAAACCAAAUUUAUAAAAAUUAAUUUAAUUAAAUUUAGUACAAAAUUGGUGAAAUAAAAACAACUUUAAAUUAAUCAGAAUUUAUUUUAACAUACAUGAAAUCUAGAAAAGCUAAAAACAACCAAAAUUUCAAACAGCAAUAGAACUAUGCAGAUGCCUAGAAUUAGGAGAUUUAGAAUAUUGUUAAAUAUUGACGUAUGAAUAA